UGGACAACCCAGACACUGUUAUCCCAUCAACAUAAGUACCGACUCUACAACUAUGACCGAGAAUCGCUUCAAUGCUCAAGCGGCGGCAUGGGACACAAAUCCAGAUGUCCAUGUCGCAAGCUCUCUCGCACUUCAAUCCAUUUUUGACCACAAUCCACAAAUCAAAGGCAAUGGCAAGGAUCUAGACGUCUUAGAGAUUGGGUGCGGCACUGGCCUCCUAUCAUUCAUGAUAGCACCAUACAUCCGCUCGUUGAUAGCAGUCGAUACAGCCCAAGGCAUGAUCGACGCAUUCAACAUCAAGCUCGCCAAGCAGCCUGAAGUCAAGAACAUUCUUCCUGUCUGCGCCUUGCUCGAAGGUCCAGACGAUGUACGGAUUCGCUUAGAUCCUUUGAAUAGGGGAGCUGACAACAAUCUCCCUCCUCGUCGCUUCGACCUCAUAAUUAGCCACCUAGUCAUGCAUCAUAUCCCAUCUCUCGAAGACAUCUUCAAGACUAUGCACGGAUGUCUGAAAUCUGGUGGUUGUAUCGCACUGACAGAUUUCGAGGACUUUGGUCCGGAAGCUAGGAGGUUCCAUCCAGAGGCUAAAAUGCAAGGUGUGGAGAGACAUGGGAUUCCAAGGAAGGAGGUCGAAGAGAUGUUGUUGGAGGCGGGUUUUGUGGAUGUCAAGAUCGAGACGGCGUUUGAGAUGGAUAAAUUUGUGGAAGAGAGUCCAGGAGCUGGGGUGGUGAGAGGGGAAGGAGGAACGAAGAUGAAGUUUCCGUUUUUGAUUUGCUUAGGCAGGAAAGCGUAGUAUUUGGGCUUUGCUGGUGUAUACAUGUUAGAUGAAUGUGCCAAAGUCGUGUCACGUCUAUUACUAGCUAUAGCUGCGAAGACAAAAGGAACUAGUUCACAGAAAUCUAGUACUUCUCUUGAACGGUGAAGGCG